GGAAUUUCGUGAUCGUUCGUCCGUUUCGAGUACAAUUUUAUCUCAUGGUUUUCGCGACUUUUUAAAGUUUAUGCACAACGCACGCUGAACAACAAUAAAAUUUAAUAACGUUAAGCAAAACAAGAAAUAAUCAACCGGUUCUGCAGGCUGAUACUUCAAAUUAGAAUUUUAAGCGUGCUUAACGUUUUUAACAGCAAACAAUAAACAAACAGAGGCCAAAAAGCUGCCAAUUCAUAGCUAAAAAAAAAAAAGAAGAAAAAGCAAACAUAAUGGGCACCAAAAUCGAGUACGUCGAUACGACGCAUCUAUACGCUUCCAAGUACAUACGCAACUCCAAGGCAAUUGGCGUGCUCUGGGCCAUAUUCACCAUAUGCUAUGCUAUCAUUGGCAUCGUCGCAUUUGUCACGCCAGAAUGGAUUGGCGAUCCGGAUAGCGACAGCGCCGGUCGCCUGGGCCUUUGGCAGCAAUGUCAGCGCGAUGAGAUCUUCGACAAUUGCCGUCGUCGCUGGGAGAACAUAUUUGCAGUGCCCACGUUUUCAUUUCAGUUGGCCACAUUCUUCAUGAUCGCCGCCGUGGGACUGGCCUUGCUGACGAUAUUCUUUUUGGUGUGUUUGCUGUUCAUGAAGUCGACGCGCGUCUUUCACAUUUGCGGCUGGAUGCAAAUAAUAUCAGCGCUCUGCAUGAUUGUGGCCUGCGCUGCAUUUCCCUUUGGCUGGAAUUCAGAUGAUUUCCGCAAGAUAUGUGGGCCGGAGGCGAAUCGCUUUGAGUUGGGCCUCUGCAGCAUUCGCUGGGCAUAUCCAUUGGCCAUCAUUGGCUGCGUGGAUGGCGUUGUGCUGGCCACAUUGGCCUUCAUUCUGGCCACGCGACACGUGCGCCUGCAGCCGGAUCCCAUCUACCAGAACUCGCUCUACAAAGGUGAAAUUAACAAUGCGUAUCUGACGGAUGCCAUUAGCCUGGCGGGCUCACGCAAAUCGAAUCCGCACAUAACGGGCCUCAAUUUGCAGCCCAUUUUGUUGGUGGCGCCGCCCAAUGAGGACAGCAUUUCACAGUUUUCCCGCUAUCACUGAGAAAUGUUGAGUUUUCCGGACGCUGAUGCAUAUUCAAAUGUUUAACGGACAAACGCAUUUGGUUGCUGCGCUGGCUAAGCCGAAUUGCACGAAACAAUAACCGGUUGGCGAGUACAAAAAUAUUGGCAAGCUAGGCUGUACGAAACUCGAACCGUUUCAGUUUUUGUUACGUACACUGCUUGCUUUUAGCAAGUUCACAAACCUAGAGAUUUGAGCCUCGUUGAAUGCCAAGUGCAAGUUUCGUUAAAUUUGAAUUUGCUUUUUGGCUGUUACAAUUUAAAAUUAUUUUUAUGUAAUGCGUGAAUCGUGUGAGUGUGAGAAUUGCCGUGUGAAUGAUCGACUGAAUGCUUAGCCUAAACUUAAGUUUUAAUUAAUUUAAAUGUAUUUGUGUAUAGCUUGUGCCUAAAUUCAUACGUAUAGUACAUAGAAUAUGAUCGCUGCCUGUAA